AUGCCGGCCAUUCUUGGCCUGGCCUCGGAAAUCAUCCUCGCUAUCCUAUUCGAGUUGGAUGUCCGCGAUAUACUCGCGUGCAAGCAGAUCUGCAGGCGAUUCCGAAAACUCGCCGAGUCCAGCGUUGUGCAAUACAAGUGCCACCUCGCCUUCGCCGGCGCUGUCGACGGCUCGGCGCGCAGCUCCAGCAUCGCGGAACGCCUACAUGCUCUCAAGGAGUAUCAGCGCGCAUGGAGGACCUUGUCGCUCUCCUUCGAUCCAUCCUUCUCGAGUACUGGACGUCCUGAUCGCACCUAUCCCUUCCGCCAUCUGACAUUCAGUGGCGCUCUCGUCGCUAUGCAUGUCGGAACCAAACUCAGACUGUACCGUCCGGCGUCUCCAGGGCGUCGAGUCAACGCCAUGACAUGGUCUCUGGACCUGGCACACCUUGGGCUAACACCACUCAUGGGCGCAAGUGAUCUCGGAGAAGACGUGGUGGUCAUCUGUGGCGUGAAUAUUGUGCACGGCAGGUCGUAUUGCCACUUCCUGACCCUCCUCCCCGAUGGCACGGUGGCUCCGCAUCCCUUUGCGGCGCAGGCCCUGCUCGAAAUACCCAGCAUACACGAUCCAAGGAGUGUAUCCCAGAUUGUCAUACACGGCGAUCUUUUCCUUUUGAUGACGAAAAAUCGGUGGAGUGGUAGCAACCUAUACAUAUUGGAUUGGAAGACAGGCUUAACGCUACCCUGUAUAGAGAAGAUACACUUCCAGAUGGUUUUCCACCUAUUGAGCAAGAAUCUGGUCCUUGUUGGCCACGAUGAGGAACUGGCCAUAUACAUCCUCGAGCCGGCCGGCGAUCAGACCCCUGUAUAUAGCGGCCUACCCCUAUGCGUGCUUCUACUUCCACCGCAUCCGGGCUUCUUCCUGAAGGACAUUCCACACCAACCGCUCUUAUCAUCGACAGAGGACGAAGGCUUGUUUCGUUCCGAUCCCGAGGCCGCCCUCCUGGCGAUCCACUUCGGUUUCCGAUCUCAGCCCCGCGGCACUCCUCUCGACUAUGUUCUGUGCAUCCCGCGCGCAACGCUUGUGGCCCGACUUACCCUCCCCGCUGCGUCCGUCGCCGGACCUCCCGCCGGAGCGGUCCGCACGCUAGACUGGGAGGACUGGACGUGCGGAGGGACUCUCCUCUGCUUUUCGAGAUUCACUUUCGUGGAACUUCAAGUAGCGACCUUCGGCUCACGCGUCGCCGUCAUGUCCCACCGCGUGCAGUUUGACAGGCGCCUCAGUGAAGCAGCGACGGACGUCUGCGUAUUCGAAAUACAUCCCUGGGCGCGCGCUAGCAACCUCCACCCGCGGGUCUCCGGGGAUGGCUUGGAGGACAUUGAUUUCACGGCCGAAUCGGAGGGAGCCGUUGGGCAGCUCCGGGACUCGCCCCCAUUUUACGUCUCCCACCGGGCAGUCGCUCAAGAAGGUGAUGCACCCCCUCAAUUAGACAAAGAACGCAUGCUGUUGCUGGAGGAUGGGUUGGCGCUGUUGCGCGAACAAAUUCUCGAGGACGGCGAGAUGCAUACUACUACACAUUGCUACCUGUCCACGGCCUGACCGUCUCCGCCCAUCGAAUCUGUAAAUCAAUGUUCCAUUCGC